UCGGUCCUCACCAGCUCACCUGUUGUUUGCUGGUCGCGACACUCGCCGGACGUGUCCCAGUAGUCGUCGCGGUGUCGAGAGACUCUCCACAAAUGACACUUCUCUAAUAGAUGAGCUAUUACGAUCCUUGGAACAGCAUAGGCGCAAGCGGCGUGGUGGUCGCAGUGCGUGACGGCUGGGAGGCUGCGCGGCCAGUGAGCGGCCGCCCCCACCCCCGCGCCCCCCCGCCCGCAGGCGCCACGUGCGGCCCUGCGCUCCACACGGGGCGGGCGCUUGGCGCCGCCCCACAUCUGAAACGGUCGGAUGGUAUUUUGACACAUGGCUCGCGCGCGCAGCAUGUAGACGCGCCCGGGCGGCGCCGCUACUCGGAUCCCCUCGAGGGGCUCCCGCUCUGUACCGAUGAGCUCGGCGACCACAUCCUAGACCCCUACAUUACACACAUGCAAGAGGCUCAGAAGGAGAUCAUUAGUAGUGCGAUGAGCGCGCCCGGCGAGCAGGGCGCGGCGAACGGCCGCCUCAGGCCCCGCAAGUGCUCCGUGCUCGGCACUCAGCCACCCAAUAUUAAACGGAAAUCUGACAAAACUACCAAACCCACACUCACACGGAAAAAGGCUAAAGACAAACUAAACAAUGAAAAAGUCAAAACGAAUCUGCACCUCAAGAUCCUGUGCCCAUUCUGCCCCAAGAGGUUCGCGUCAAAGAAAUCUCAAGCGAAGCACAACGCGACGGUGCACGGGCCGCGCGGCGAGCUGGCGUGCCAGUUCUGCGGAGCCCGGGAGGUGGACGCGGCGCGCCUGCUGCGGCACCUGACGGAGCGCCACGCCGCGCAGUACCACGCCUGCGUGCCGUGCCGCGCGCGCUUCCCCUCGCCCGCCGCGCGCGCCGCGCACGCCUGCCGCGCCGCGCCGCCCUCGCCCGACCGCAACCCCAUCGUCAUCUCCUGCGAGCUCAAGCCGCAGAGCCGCGAGGGCGGCGCCGACAUCGAGGACAGCAUCGCCGCCAGCCUCAUCGUGCCGUCGCACCGCCCGCUGCCGCUGGACGAGCUGGCGUGGGCCGCGCCCGACCAGGUGCUGUCGCGCCUGGGCGUGGUGCACCGCUCCCCGCGCGCCCCGCCGCCACGCGCGCGCGACGACUCCGCCAAGUUCGAGCGCUGCUUCGACACCGGCUUCUACGCGAAGGUGGCCGGCAACGUGCAGGAGAACCUCAACAAGUUCCUCGAGGGCUCCUUCAACCGCUACCACUUCGACCCGGAGAACGCGAUCAAGACGCGCAAGCCGAGGAACAACAUCCACACGGCCGAGGGCUUCCCGAUCCUGCUGGCGGGCGCGCAGGUGGCGCGCGGCGCCGCGGAGCCCUACAGCCCGCGGCCCGCGCCGCGCCGCCGCUGGAAGUGGGGCAGCGGCGACGGCGAGCGCUCCCCGGCGCCGCCCGACGCGCCCGAGCGCGACUCGCACGCCAGCCACUGCAUCAUCACGCUCGUCUCCGGCCUCGACAUCUGGACGCAGUUGCGCAUGCGCCGCAAGUACGACGCCGAAUUCCACAACUCGAGCUUCAACGAGAAGAGGGCCGAGAAGCAGAACGUCAUCUCCAACGAGCUGAAGGAGAUCCUGGAGAGCCGCGAGCUGCCGACGCCAGCGCGCGUGCCGCCGCCGCCGCAGCCCGCCGCGCCCGCGCCGCGCCCCGGCCUCGAGUUCCCGCUCGGGCUGGGGCUCCGACCCGCCGCCCCCGCGCGCCCGCCGCCGCCGCCCGCCGUGCUCAGCGGCGAGUGGGCCCGCGCGCGCCGCCUCGUGUGCAACGUGUGCGGCGCGCGGGCCGGCGACGCGCGCGAGUGGGCGGCGCACGCGGCCUCGGCGCACCCGCGCGCCGCGCUCGCGCCCUACGAGGUGGUGGGCGAGCACCUGCUGCGCGCCGACAUCCUGCAGCAGCUGUCCGUGCGCCCGCGCGCGCCGCCCGCGCCCGCCGCGCCGCCCGCCGCGCGCCCGCUGCGCAGCAACCGCUACCUGCGCGACUGCACCAAGUGCGGCCAGAGCGUGGCGCAGGACGACCUGCACGAGCACAUGGUGGCCUGCGCCGGUGACGCGCCCGCCCCGCGCCGCCGCGCCCGCCCCCGGCCCUUUGGCGUGCGCCGCCGCCGCCCGCGCGCGCCGCCCGCCCGCGUCGACCGCCGCGUCAACCGCACCAACCACAUCCGACCGAGGCCCAACAAGAACAAAGUGCGCACCGAAGUUGGAGAUGCCGAAACAAUACGUAAGAUGCUUGCUGAUUUACCUCCCAAGAGACACCGAGUGGUAGUCAGUUCUGCGAACCCGAGUCUUCGUCCGCGCCGUGGCGAGCAAGCCAGACCCAAGGGCAUGAUGAAGCGGCGCCCCUCGACCCACGACAAGGCGCGCCAGCUACGGUCGCGGCGCGCGGCGGGGGGCGGGGCGGGGGGGGAGCCCGCGCCCGCGCUGCUGCGCGACGAGCACCGCCGCAUCGGCAAGCAGCCGCGCGCGCUGCGCCGCCCGCCCCUCGCGCGCCAGGCCAAGCGCCGGCCCGCGGGCGACCACCCCGACCCGGCGCGCGCGCCCGCCGCUGUGCCCGUCACCACGCUGGCCGGCGGCGCCUCCAGCCAGCGCGCCAGCACCGGCGGCUCCAGCGGCAGUUCCGCCGGGGGCUCCGGCAGCAGCUCCGGCGAAGGCCAGCAGAGUUCCCGAGGCGGCGGUGGUGGCGGUCAGCGCGACGGCAGCCAGGGCGCGGGGGGUGGCCGAGGGCCUCCGCCCCCGAGCCCGCCGCCCCCGCCGCCGCCCAACCCUCCCCUCAAGCACUCGAUCGCGCGGCUCACGGCCGUCACGGAGACCAAGGACAAGGCGGUGCAGUUCCAGCCGCACUUCCUGGUGCAGCAGGAGUGCUCGCAGUCCGCGCGCGCGCCCGCCGUCCCCCCCGCCCCGCGCCGCAAGGGACUCAACGCCUGCAUCGCCAUGCUGAAGAACAAGCUGGACGACCCGCCGGGCGGGGCGGAGGGAGGGGGGGCCGAGCGCGGGGACCGGCGCUCCGUGCAGUGCGACACCAGCGACAUGCCGCCGCUGCGCGAGCCGCUGUACCGCCCGCGCCGGCUGCAGGCGCCCCCCGCGACCCCCGCGCCGCCCGCAGCCCCCGCAUCCCUCGCGCCGCCCGACGAGCACUGGCCGCCGCCGCCCAAGCAAGCCAAGACUACGCCGCAGCCACCACCGGCCGCCGCGCCGCCGAGGCCGCUGUCGCUGGUGCCGCUGCAGCAGCUGGUGCUGCCCCCGCCGGCGCUGCCGCCUCCGCGCCCCCCGCAGUACUCCCCGCAGCUGCUGCAGGUGUACUGCCCCGGCGCGUCCCCGCGCAGCCGGCGCCGGCCCUCGCAGUCCCCGUCCCCGCGCCUGCCGCCGCCGCUGUCGCCCCAGUACAGCUACAUGGACGACCGCCAGCAGUCGCCCAGCCAGCUCGCCAGCCACAUGUUCAAGACUCGCUCGCCCCUGCCGCCGGGCAUGCAGCUGUCUCCGCCUGAACUCAUGAGGAAUCCGUCUAAAACUCCGUCGCCUCAGCCGGCCAGGGAGUCUCCGUCGCAGCGCGCCAGGAAGCCCUCCCAGAGCCCCUCGCCGCAGCUGUCUCCGUCUGUCGCGCGCCGCCCGUCGCAGUCCCCCUCCCCGCAGGCGGCGCGGCCCCCGCUGUCGCCCUCGCAGCGCGCGCGCCGCCCGUCGCAGUCCCCGUCGCCGCAGCCGCCGCGCAUGCCGUCCCCCUCGCACCCCCGCCACGGCCCCGAGCCCAUUCCACCUCAGUACGUGCGCAUCCUGCCGCGCCCGCCCUCGCCUCCCGCCCAUCGCGCGCCGCCGCCCUCGUCGCAGCCCGCGCUGCGCCAGCCACAGCAACUGUCACCUCAGCUGCUGCGUCAGCCACAACAACUAUCUCCUCAGCCGAUCACGCGACAACCAGAACCGACCUCGCCUCUGCCGGGGAUACGUCCUCAUCCUGCCCUGUCUCCUCAAGCGCUGAUGCGUCCGCCGCUGCAGCCGUCACCGCAACCGGUGACCCGCCAGCCGCAGGCGCAGUCCCCGCAGCCGGCGCCGCGCCCCCCGCACCCCUCGCCCGUGGCGCUGGCACCGCGCCCGCCGGUGCAGCUGCUGCCCCCGCCGCCGCCGCCGCCGCCGCUCGUGAUGACGGCUCUACCGCGGCAACCGAUCAAGCUGCUGCCGCCGCCGCCGCCGCCGCCGCCGCCGCCGCCCCCCCCGCGCCCCCCCGCCGCGCACCGCGCCGCGCUGCCCGCCCCCCCCGCCGCCGCGCCGCUCGACUUGUCCGCGCGCCCCGCGCCCGCGCCCGCGCAGUACGAGACGCUCGACCUCUCCAACAAGAGCCAGGACCGCCAGCCCUGCGACGACGGCCAGGUCGUCGACCUCUGCAUCAAGUACCACGAGCCGGAGGAGGGCGUGACGCUGGACCUGUCCGUGCGCCGCCCGCCCUCGCCGCCGCCCGCCCCGCGCCGCGACUACCCCGACCCGCAGCCCGGGCCCAGCCGCGCGCCCGCCGACCACCCGUCGCACUACGCCGUCGACCACAACGAACCAUCCGACUACAAACCCUACCGUCCCUCCUACCAGCCCGAACAAUUCUCGCACAAUCAAAGAAUUCUACUACCGGACUAUCAACAGGAGCGGACCAAGCCGCACCAAAUAGACUUGUCUAAGCCGAAACAUGUGGUGGCGGAGAUGUCGGCGACGCCGGUGCGGCAGCUGGAGCUGGCCACGACCCCGCCGGCGGGCGCGCCCCCGCCCCCCGCGCGCCUCGUGGACCACAUCGACCUCACCGGCGACGCCGACGACGACAGCGUCGAGGAAGUCGCGCCCACUGCCAUCCCGCAAAUAGAUUUGGUAGACGAACCCGUCCUGGAUAAUGUUAAGCCAACAGAAGCAGAGUUGGCACAAAACAUCAAACCCGAUUCCAAAAUGAUUGCACAAUAUGAGGUAGCAAUGCAGCAGAGAAACAUUAAGGUCCUUAACGAGGAAGGAGCGUCGACUUCUCAUGAUGCGGCAGACAAACUAUCAAACUAUGACAGUUCAUUCGGAGCGACACAAUUUAAAUCUGAACAAAUGGUCGGGUCCGGCGUGGGGGACGGCUCGGCGGGCGGGGACGCUGCGCCGCCCGCGCUGCCCUUCCCCUUCACGCUGAUCCCGCCGGGCGCGGCGCCGGGCGGCGGCCUGCACGCCUCGCUCGACACCGCCACCAUGGAGCUCACCGUCACGCUGUCGGACCGCGCGCCCGCCGCCCCCGCCGCCGACCCGCACACGCAGAUCAUACUGCCGAUCACCUCGCUGAGCGAUCUCGAGGCCGCCAAGAAGAUAGCCAUGCUUCCAAAGGAAAUUGUCGAUAUUGUCAGCAAAAUGCCACCGGACACUAGAAACCAGCUCCUGAACGUUCUGCCUCAGUACCUGAUGUGCAGCACGGCCCUGAAGCAGCUGCGGCUGGUGGUGGAGCUGGCCGGCAAGGAGACGGUGGUCACGCCCAUCGGGCUGGCCGCGCUGCAGCGGCCGCCGGGGCAGGCGCCGCCGCCGCUGCCGCCGCAGCCCGCGCCCGCGCAGCCGCCGCCCGCCGCCGCGCCGCUGCAGCCGCUGCAGCAGCCGCCGCCGCCGCCCGACGCGCCCGCGCCGCCCACCCCCGCGCCCCUGCCCGACCUGCCGCUCGCCCCGCAGCCGCCCGCGCCAGCCCCUCUGCCCGCCGCCGCUCUGCCCGCCGCACCGACAGCCGCUAAAAGCGAAAUAGCCACUCAAACGUCCAAUGGGUCCUUUGAAGAAACGUGCCCACCAGAUUUUAUAAACAUCGAUACGGAACGAUACCUGAUAGACCCGUACACGGGGGACAUCUCUGCGAGACUGCAACAUGGACAGGAGACCGCCGAGACCUCGGCCGGGGAACAACCGCCCAAGGACACCGAGAGGGCGGCGGACCAAGAGCCUCCCGUUAAAGACGAACAAAACGCAUCACUCCCUGCAGCGGAUGACUUGAAAUUGAAUUUACCAAAUGAAAAUAAUUUCAUAGCUCCAAUACCUGCCAGACCAAAACCGAAGGAAGGCAAUGAAAAAACAUCUAGCCUACGGGCGGUUAGGAUCAAAACCUUGGAGCGUCGUAAGUCACUUCAACAUGUUCCCCUGCCCAAUAAGAACCCAGAUCCGACGGUGAAUAUGGCCACCGUGAACACGACGGUGAGCGCGGACAGCCUGCCCAGCAAGGCGCUGGCGAUCCAGCAGGCGGAGGUGAGCAGCACGGAGCACGCCGCCGGCCGCGCCGCGCCCCCCCUGCCCCCCAAGGAAACCCCCCAGCUUCCCCUCACUAACAAGGAUAGACGAACCUCCGCCGAAAUUGACAGUAACGUUAAAACGCAAAGCGAUAAACCAACUAACAUCAAAGCAAGCGUCACCACAUCAGUGUCUGCAGCAAAGAAACAGAAGCUGUCAAUUGUUGAAAAAGAAAACGUAGAGACACCCGACAAAACUGUAGAAAUGAUUGAGAAAACUGUUAAAACCAAUUCUAUGCAACUGAAACUUACUAAGGAAUUGGUAGUGUCCAUCGAGCCAACCACUACCGACAUUCUUCGAGACGCUGGCAACAAUGCAUUAUUGAAUGUUGUAGAUGAAACUAAAGAAUUACCCAAAGAAAAAGACAUAAAAGUUACAGAGGAUGAAGAUUCCGACGAUGACAUAUCAUUAGCUAUCAUAGUCAAGCAGAAGAAGCUUGAUAAUAACGGACCGUUAAUAAAACCAACUGAAAAUAAUACAGAAAUACGACACAAAAAUAAAAAUACUAAGAAAAAGAGAGGAAAGAAGGUUAAAAAAUCAAACAAUAUCGACAGUCAGAAUAUAGAAGAAAAUUCAACAAAUGUAUUAAAAAGAAUUGAAAAGAAUGAUGAUGCAAUUCCUGAAAUUAUCAAUAGCAAUCACAUAAAUAACAUAACUUCUGAAAAGGAACAAAGAGUGAAACAAGUUAAAAAUAUCCCCCGAAAAAGAAGAGGUCGAUGGAAGAAGACAAAAAGUUUUAGCCAAAGUGAAACUGAUGAAAUGGAAGUACCAAAAGACAAAACAGUGCCAAAUAAACCAGAAAUGACCGAAGAACUCGUUUUGAACGGAAAUAAAACAAUAAAACCAGUCAUAUCAAAUCAAAUUGAUGAUAAGAAUUUAUAUAAAGUGGAUAAUAUGCCUCAAUUGAGCAUUGACGUUGAAAACCACAUUAAUGAUAAUACAUCCAUAGACAAACCUGUAACAAGUUCACGACCAUCACCUCCAACCCAAAACACAAGUCCAGGUUUGUUAAAUCCAUCAGUAAACCUAACAUCUACAACGUUACAAAACGAUAGAGCCAAAGUAACACAACGGAAAACUAAAAGCCGAAAAUCAAAGCGUAACUCAAAACCUGAUUUAAAUAUGAGCGAUGAAUAUGUUGAUAAACAACCAGCUGAACCAACCUUAUUAACAAACGAUCCGUCUGAAGCAGCUCUGGAUAGAAAUAAAAAAGACAUGUGUAAAGAAACAAAGGAAGAAGCUGUUCGACAGCCCGUUAUAGAACUGGAACCCUUACCAAAAGAGCCUCAACAAGUAAACUUCAACGAAACAAGUGAAACCAAUUUAAUGGAUUGUGUAAAGAAAUCUAAGGACAGAGACAGUCCGGCAUUGACAGCUUCUAAUUAUAGAUCAUCGCCUAAACUUUCAGAUGAAUUGAAUUUGCCCUUGCGCAGAAGUAGGCGUGGCAAGUCAAUCUAUGUCGACACUACAACAGCACCUAUCGAAAUUGAACCUCCAGAAGUCGUUGUCGAAAAUAGGGGACCAUUCACGAAAAAACAACUUAUCUUUUCCAAAUUGCUUGAUGAAGAGAAACAUUUAAAGGCUAUGGAAGUAGCGCCAGAUACUUUGGAUGAGAGACCUAAAGAUACUAUUCAGGUCCCAGUAGCUAGUAGCGAUCCCCUUCCUGUAACUACAGUGGACGCGGGAUACGACGCAUACAUAUUUAACGAUGACGAAGAAGAUGAAGUAAUACGACCUCCAAAACCAUCCAAACGUAAAAAGUCACCACAAACUAAAUUGACCCGUAAGAAAAAGAAGUCUUUUGAAAGUCAAAAUAUUCUCGAUUCAGAAAUGUCGAGCAGUGAUGAUUUGCCGAUAAUUCCAAAACCACUUAAGGCUGUAUCCAAACUGGCAGAUUCCCCGCAGAUUUUAACACCGGAGCCUGCUCCAAGUAACGAACUGAUGGAUGCUAAUAAAUCAGAUAUGGAUAUCACUAACGACAUUACUGCAGAUUCAAGGAAAGAUUUCGAUGACAAAAUAUUGACCAACAGCCAUUUGAAUCAGCUGAAAGAUAGUGACAUCAAUCCUAGCAGUACUGUAGACGAAGAUGACGAUGACUUUAUAGAAGUCAAGAGUAAGAAAACAAAGGCCAAACGAAGGGGUAAGAAAGUGUCAGAGAAACGUAAAAACACUAAGCUGUUCAGUGACUCCUCUUCUAUCGACAGUCAAGUCCUCAAGAAACCAAAGAAAAAUGAAGAGACAGUAAUUGACGCCGCCUCUACGGAGGUAAAGAAACAAGACGCAGACAAGCCCGAGGUAGCGAAGGCGGAGUCGACCGUGACCACGCCCCCGGCCGUCAAGACCACGCCGUGCUACGACAUGCCGCGGACAGAGAACAAGGCUCGCUCCAAGUCGUUCCUCAUCAAACCCAUCAUGGACGACGCCUACGAUCCAUACGACAUAGACAUGGAGGAAAAGAUGUUACAAGACAUUGAACCACUCCUGAAGAAAGCGCCAAUAUCACUAAGACAUGCACCCGUGCCGGAACCAAAGGUUACGAAGACUAUUCCGAAGCGUACUUCUUCGUUGUCGUCGAGCGAUGAGAAUGCGGCGACGGUGACGUCGACCAGCGACGCCGCCGCGCCCCCGCCGCCCCCGCCCCCGGCCCCCGCAACCAACGGCCGCGCACAGUCCAGCGACACCGACGACUCCUCCAAGAGCGAUGUUCCAUUGAAGAAAAUCGCAGAGGAGAAGCACAAGAAUAAGAAGCCUGCGACACCCGCCGCCACACCACCGACCAACCACGUGAGCGAUGACCAUGACAUUGAGAAACCUGUGAUAUCCGACAUAACAACGGUCGCGAAUGAAGUCGAGGGUCCGAAGGAAAACAAAACCGAAACAGACAAGGAAAUACCAAAGAAGAAGGGGGCGAAGGGUAAGGGGAAGCGUCCCCCGCCUGCGGAGGCGGCCCCCGCGUCCCCCGCGGCCCCCGCCCCCGCGCCCGGCAGCAGCGCCAGCGCCGACGAGCGCCGCUCCGAGCAGUUCAUGGAGAGCUUCGGCUUCUUCUCCGAGAGGAAGCCGCGCAAGUCCAACCUCGCCGCCACCAAGAAAAUAGCAGAAACAUUCCACAGUAUUGCCAAUGACGAGUUAGAGUUUAAUGCCAGAAGCAAAAGAGAGCACAAGAAACGGGAACACAAGAAGUCUACUUCGACUAGUGACGAGGCGGGCAAUGAAAAUAGUCACGAUAAGAAUACAGAGAAGACUAAGGAACAGGGUAAAAAGAAGUUAACUUCUGAUAUUGAUAAUGCACACGUAGACGUUGGUACUAAGCACAAGGAGGAGAAAGGGAAGGAGAAGAAGAAGGAGCUGAGGAAAUCUCUGCCAUCCACUAGUCACGAGGGGGAGCCGGGCCCCGCGCCGCGGCAGGAGCGCCGCCGGAGCAAGCGGGAGUCCGCGCCCGCCACCGCCAGCGCGCAGGACUCCGACGAUGACGAGAAUGAGAACUUGCUGAGCAGGAAGAAGAGAUCUGUGCUGACCAGCAGCAGCCGCCACAACAAGCCGCCCGAGCCCGAGCCGGCGCCGCGCAGCCCGCGGGGCGCGGGGGGCGCGGGGCCCUGUCGGGACCUGGCCGUGCCGUCCACGUCGGGCGCGCCGCCCCCGCGCAGCCCCCCGCGCCGCCUGUCGCUCAGCGACAGCGACAGCGACCUGGAGCUGUGCUCGCGGCCGCUGACGGACGCCGAGCGCGCUGCGCCCCGCGACCCCGCCGUGUACUGCGCGCUGUGCGACAAGGAGUUCCGGCGCCCCGACAACCUGCUGCGCCACCGCCUGUCCGUGCCGCACCUCACCAUGCUGCUGCGCGAGGAGCUGGGCGUGCCCGUGCCGCCCGCGCGCGAGGAGCCCAAGUACCUGCUGGUGUACAAGCAGCACAUGCAGCGCCUGCAGCGCGCCACGGAGCGCCGCCGCCGCCGCAACCGCGAGCUGGGCAUCGACGAGGAGGUGCGCCUGCCGCUGCCCGCGCCCGCGGCCGUGCUGGCCGACGCGCGCCGCCGCUGCGCCUGCGCCGAGCUGCGCCUGUCCAGCGACGAGCAGCUCUUCCUCCGCUGCUGCCAGAUGCUCAAGGGGCCGGGCUGGGAGCUGUCCCCGGAGCCGCCCGCGCCCCCCGCCCCCGCCCCCGGCCCCGCGCCGCCCGACGACGGCGACGUGGACUCGGUCACGGCGCAGGACAUCCUGGAGAGCGACGAGGUCAAGAACCUGGAGAACGACCUGAUCCUGGGGCUGAAGGAGUCGCUGAAGGUGACGGCCGGCGCGCGCACGGCGCAGCUCAAGCGCACGGAGGAGUGCCUGCACCCGCGCGCCGCGCCGGCCGCCGAGCCGGCCCCCGCGCCCCCGGUACCCCCCGCGCCCCCCGCCCCGGCCCCCGCCCCGGCCCCCGCCCCCGCCGACCAGGACGUGUUCGAGGACAAGUUCGACAUCAUCAAGCGCAAGCGCCGCUCGCAGGCCGCCGCCGCGCGCGCCGCGCCCGCGCCCGACCCUGUCUCGAGUCACAAGAACAAGAAGAAGGCGGAGAAGAAGAAGGCGCGCCGCAACUCAAAGAAGAACCAGAGCUCCAUCCCCACCAAGGGGGCGCUGAAGGGCUUCGACGGCAUCCGCGUGUCCAUCCGCACCGGCGACAUGAACCUGAGCCUGCCCGCGCCCCGCGACCCGCGCGACCCCCCGCGCUCGCCCGACCCGCCGCCGCGCAAGCGCAAGAAGAACAGCAAGCGCCGCCGCCCGCGCCCCGCGCCCCGCGCCGCGCCGCCCGCGCCCGCCUCCCCGCGCCGCCUCGACGUGUACGACUUCCAGGAGGAGGAGGCGUCCUGCUCGCUGCGCCCGCGCCGCCCCCCCACCCCCGACGACCCCUCCGACCCCGACGACCACGUGUACAUGUCCGAGGAGUACACCGGCAGCGCCGACGAGACCGACAGCCGCCUGUCCGCCGAGCCGCCGCGCCGCCGCCCCGACAAGUCCGCCGCCGUCGGGCGCAUCUUCAAGCAGACCGCGCAGCGCCGCGCGCCCGCCCCGCGCGCCGCGCCCGCCGCCGACCUCGACCAGCUGUUCGACGCGCUGCUGGAGGGCGAGGCGCCGCCGCCGCCCGCGCCGCCGCACUACGCCAACGACGACGACGACAGUCUGCUGGCACCGCCGCUGCUGAGCCGCUCGCCGCCGCCGUCGCCGCAGUCGCCGCCCGCGUCCCCGCCGCCGUCGCCGCCCGCCUCGCCGCCCGCCUCCCCGCCCGGCUCCCCGCAGUCCCCGGGCGGCUCGCCGGGCAGCGGCUCGUGGGCGCGCGGGGGCACGCUAGCCAGGGGCCGCGCGCGCCGCACCUGCACCGUCGGCAAGCAGAACGUGCUGGCGGAGAGCUGGAGCUCGGAGUCGGAGGGCGAGCGCAGCGGCUCCGGGGGCCGCCGCCGCCGCCGCCGCCCGCCGCCCGCGCGCCCGCGCGUGUCCCCGCUGGCGCCGCGCCCCGCCCCCGCGCCCCCCGUGCCGCCGCCCGCGCCGCCCUCCUCCGACGAGGAGGCGGAGCGCCCGCCCGCCGCGCAGCACGGCUGGAUCGUGGGCGCCAGCCACAAGAAGCUGCUCACCAUGCUGGCUCACGCCAAGCGCGCGCGUUAGGCGCGCCCCCCGCCCCGCCCCGCCCCCGUCACCCCCUGUCAUCCCUCGUCGUUCGUGCGUCUCUACGUGUAUUUAAUAUUAUUCUCUUGUAAAUAUCUUGUAAAUAAUGCGCAAGCAAAUGUCGUGGCGCGCGCCCGCGCGGCGUCGCCACUUUCACGUAACACUUUUUGAAACUAUAAAAUUUUCGAGAGUUUUUGUUGUACAUACUGUAAUUAUUUUCCUUAGUAUAUUUCAUGUUAAGCACAUUAAUUCUUUCACUAUGCAAUUUUUGGUUUAGUUAGUGAAUUUUAACUUGAUUGAUGUCAACUGGAUGUUAAAUGAAUGUUUAUAUGAUAACUGUCUUUAAACGUAUAUUUGAAUAAUCUCGCGAGUCUGUAGGUGUACUUGUUUGCUGUAUCGUUGUAUAGUUGAGGCUGAUACGGACUGGGUGUGCGUACAUUACACUAUGUGUUAUAUGAUUACUGAGAAUAUGAGUUACCUGUUGUUUUCUUAUGUUUAAGGAAAUGUCUCAAGUGUUGUUUUAUCUAGUCCAUGAAAUGAAGACUAAACCGCAUUAUCAGCCUCUUGAGCCUGCUUAUUUUAAUAUGAAAAUUAUUUUGCUAUUAAGUUAAAAGAAGACUUAUUAAUUUAAAUAUUAUUAUGUAUUAGGAAAUUAUUAUGUUGAUUAUAUAAUUGAAUAAUUAUUUUAAUUCGAGAAUAAAGCUCAAUGUUGAAAAAGUA